AUGGAUACUAUAGAGUUGCAGAUGCCUGACGAGAACAUUGAUCAUGAGGCACUGCAUGAGGCUUUAGGUUCCCUGUAUCGAGACUCCAUGCUCAUCCCAGCCAGUCGAGGCGUAGCCAUCCUGGCCACAGCCUGCAUGCUGCAGCUGGACGAGCUGAUUCAGCAGUGUGGGGAGGUCAUGAAGGAGACAGUCAGUCCCCAGACCGUGUGCAGCUACUACUACUCAGCUGAAAGCUACGGACUCCAGAACAUCAGGAGCAUGUGUCUUCAGUGGCUGCUGGACAACAGGAUGACCCAGUGUAGUGAGGAGCUAUUGCGAGAAGUCAGCCUGGAUCUCAUGAAAGAGGUCAUUGCCUCUUCAGAUCUCUUGGUGAUGGAGGUGGAGAUGGACGUGUACACCAUGCUGAAAAAGUGGAUGUUCUUGCAGCUGCAGCCGACAUGUAGGGGUCUGCGCAGUGCCCUAUUGUCUGACACCAACUCGUGGUUUGCCAGGUCCAGGAGGGAGUCGGAGGGCAACCCUUACCUGGAGACCGAGCAGGGCAGAGCCUUCGUGUCAGUGUUCCAGCAGCUGCGAGAAUUGGCUUACCCCCUCCGGGAUGAACAGACCAGAAAGCUCUGGCCCAUGGACGUCUACGUGUCCGACCGCCAGGGGAACAGCAUGCGGUGCGGGGGCCAGCUCCGCAGGGACAAGCAGUGCAGCUGGCGGUGGGAAGGCUUAAACUUCAGCUGGGACCCGGUGGUGUGCUAUGCCAACCAGCACAUCAUUUUACGGUGCAGCGCACUGAACGAGUCCUGCGGCUUCAGCGUCAGCUUACUAUGGAAGAGAAAGGUCGCGUUCCGCCUGUGCCAGGCCUCCUUGGACAGUGCUGGGAGAUCCGUUUUCAGGAAGGACACAGGAUACCAGAUGCUUUCCCUGAGAGAGGAUGAAGAGCUACAGGUAUUGAACCUGGAAAACCAAGAUGUGGUUUUCCCCAUAUAUCUGUCCUGUAACUUCCUGUACCUCUACCGACAGGGGCAUUACCCAGAGGGAGGACCCCUGCAAAAAAGCUCAGAGAACUGA